UCCGCGCGCUAGUCGCAGCCGAGGAGCAAUGGUGCUCGGAGCGUCCGGAGACGUCGGUGUUUCGGGAAUCUCGGAGGAGCGGAUGAAAUGCCGGGGAACAUGAGCAAAGAGGACGCCCCGAGUCGGAGCGCUUCUUUGACCUUCACCAUUGACAACAUCCUCAACCUGAAGCAGCGGGACGGCGGAGACUUUGGCGCUUCGAAGGCGCAGAGGGACAGUGGAUGUAAGAAUGAUUUUCAAGCGCGGUAUGAGGAGGUGUGGGACGUCCGGAGGAGACAUGACAGCGGGCAAGAGGAGACAGUGAAGCCCAGAGUCCAGCGUGCGGACCUCGGGGAAAACACCCCACCGCUGACCGCUGGCUCCUGUCCCGGGUCGCAAAGUGCGCACAGCGCCGAGGACGCGUCCGAGCAGCAGCAGCAACAACAACAGCAACAACAGCAGGAGGCCACUGACACCAAAGCCAUGGUGAAGAAGAAGACGCGCACCAUCUUCUCCAAGAGACAGAUAUUUCAGCUGGAGGCCACUUUUGACAUGAAGCGGUAUCUGAGCAGUUCGGAGAGAGCGUGCCUCGCCAGCUCGCUGCAGCUCACCGAGACGCAGGUGAAGAUCUGGUUUCAGAACCGCCGCAACAAGCUGAAGAGACAGCUGUCCACGGACAUGGAGGGGCCGCUGGCCGCCGAGCACUUCUCAGAGGCGGGGAAAAACGUGCAAUUACCGACUUUUUACAAGGACAGCAGCCUGCUGGGCGGAUGUUUGUUACCCAUGCCUUUCCCCGUCAUGUACCCGACCGCAAACGCUGCGCCUUACAUCUAUUUCUCCAACACUGGCAAAUAUUUUGGCCUGUUUGAGGCGGACUGAUGUUUCAUCUGUGUGGACACUCCGACAUACAGUCACCCCAGGGUUGGCUUUACAUGAGCCUUUCACUUUUAUUUUACUAUCAACUUUUUUUUCUUUUCUUUUUUUUUUUUUAAAUGUCUUUUUUUUUCAGUUUAUAGAAAUUUUCCCAACUUUGAUGUAAACAUAUCAACUAAUCCAAAACAUGCAUGUGCCACUUUUUUUCCUUCCCCAAAUGGUUUAUAUUAUUAUUAAUUAUUAUUUUUAUUAUUAUUAUUAUAUUUCCAAAGGUUAGGAUAUUUUAAAUAGAAAGUUUAUUGUCAGAAGAAAGUGCAUGCAUUAAAGUUCCUGAGCAGUUUUCCUUUGCGCAGUAAUGUCAUCUGACUGAAUGUAUGUUCAUGCUGCAUUAACUCCGUUACCCUGCAAUAAUACUUUGACUUUAUUUUCCAGCUCUUGUGUUGAAAUUUCAGAGUUUCUGAGGAGCAACACUUCUUUGUAUUUAUAUGGCCUUAUUUUUGUUGUUGUUAAACACUUUUGUUUGUUUUCACUUGAUCUUUCAUAUGACAGACUGUUGAACUGUGAAUACAGUUAUUAUAUCAUGAAAAUGACCAAUUUUGCAAUAAAAAGUGGAAUAUUA